AUGUUCAAAAUAAGAGAGAGGCCUGCAGUCAAUGCAAGACUCCAUGGAGUGGAAAAGGUGAAAUUUCUGCAGAUGCUGGUGGAACUGCUCUCUAGUAAACCCAGAAGUUUCAUGAGGUUGCCAUAUGGAGAGAAAAUUCCCACAGAUGGGAUGAAGUUCAGGAGUAAGAAUGUGGGUUUAGAAAGACCCGGAUGGAAAGUGGAGACAAUGUGUCUUCUACUUCUAAUUAUGAUGAAUGGUGAAGAUUCCAACAUUGUUCCAAACAAACCAUUAUGUUCCCUGAUCCUGGGAGCAGUGCUAAUUGUACCAUACACACUCACAUUUGUCAAAAGCCUGUGGAAGGUGGCAUUUACUCAUUCUCCCAAUCCAAGCAAAUUUAUGCUGUUGAAGGUUUUUGUUGUUGAGUUUCUUGUUGCCCUUGGAUCCUCAUUGCUCAUCAUAGUGGCCAUGCCUCAUUUCACCCUAUUUACCAACAUCACAGUCCUUUGCAGUGUUUACUUUCUUCCCGCAGCUAUACAAAUAUAUAAUCAAUUCAAAAAGAAAAAUUGCAGAUGGUUUAUGGCGAUCUGUUCUUUUGUUUUCCUUCUAACUGGCCAUAUACUAUUCUUUUUUAUUUAUUAUUGGGGUGAAGAUUCCCAUAACAUUACAUUUUAUAUAGCUGCAAUUAUUGGAACAAUUUUAGUAUCAAUAAAUUGGUAUGAAAAUGUUACACCCCAAGGAAAUGCAGGUUGUGAUAUAAAACCGGAACACGAUGAAAGGAAUGUCCUCUAUAUGUGUGGCAGCAUUGUAAGAAUCAUGGUGACAGUCGCUGUGGUGGGAAUUUAUGUUCCACUACAAGGACAGAAGUGGGAUGCCAUAACAACUACAACCUUGCAUGAACGAUACUUGGUACUUAGCCUCUUUGGAAUCCAGGCUGUGAGCUCUGCACUCUGUCAUUGGUUUGGAGUUGUUGCAUGUAAAAUGCGUAAUGUUAAAAAAGGCUUUUAUUUUCCUUUGAUUUCUUCAACGAUAACAGUGAUCUUAGCCUUGGUCUUAACUUUCAUUGCUGAGUACCAGAAAGAACAAAGCAAAAUUGGUACUCAUACAUUUAACAUGUCCUAUUUUUGCCAAAAUACUAUAUUGUACGACAGAGGCACAGUGAUUGAAAAUUUGUUUUUGGAAAUAACCUACCAUAUGUGCCAAAAAGUAAUGAAUAUUAACACUUCAAAUCAUGCCAUAGUCAUGUUUAUAAGUGGCACAUGUUGGUAUAUUGGAUCCCUGUUUGCAACUUAUAAAGUCUGUAGAUUAAAGGUUCAAAGGAUUGAAAGAACAACUAAACUGUUUGGCCGUCGCUUGUAUGAGGCUGCCUUUAUUGAUCAGUCCUCGCUCCUCAACAUAAGAAUUAAAUUAAACAAGAACACGUUGGAUUCAAGAAAAGUAAGCUCUAUGGACAAUGUGAUGAUCUAUUUAUGUGCCACAAUGUGGCAUGAGACAUUUAAUGAAAUGCUGAAAAUUCUCACAUCAAUAUUCAGGCUGGACAAAUACAAGUCUUCAAUGGAGGAUGACACUGUCAACUUUGAGGCACACAUUUAUUUUGAUGAUGCUUUUGUUGAUGAUUCUGAGUAUGAAGAUGGUAAAAAGAAAAGAUGUGUCAACAGAUACGUGGAAGACCUGGUUGCUGUAAUUGAGGACGUCUACAGUUAUUUCACACUCAACAAGAAGGAAGUAUAUGAAAGCAGAACAGCAAAAUACAAAAUACAAACUAUUGUAUCUACGCCGUAUGGUGGCAGGCUGCGGUACACACUUCCUUGUGGAAAUCUGCUGUAUGUUCACCUGAAGGACAAACAGAGAAUCCGAAAUAAAAAGAGAUGGUCACAGAUAAUGUAUUUAUAUUAUCUGCUGGGAUGGAAACUAAAUCACAAAUAUGAAAUAUUAGCUGGAAAAAGAGAUAAAGAUGAAAUUGAUGAUAUAGAAGCAGAACUGGAGUUGUCAAAGGCAAAUAAAGUUAUUUCUCAACAGAAGGCAAAAUCAAAUACCUAUAUUUUGGCGCUGGAUGGAGACACAGACUUUCAGCCAUCAGCACUGAUGCUUCUGGUGGAUCGUCUGAAAAUGUAUCCUCAUGUUGGAGCAGCCUGUGGAAGAAUCCACCCAACUGGAACAGGACCUAUGAUCUGGUACCAGAAGUUUGAAUAUGCUGUGGGCCACUGGUUGCAAAAAUCGUCCGAGCACGUCAUGGGUUGUGUCCUAUGCAGUCCAGGAUGCUUCAGUUUAUUCAGAGCAUCUGCCUUGAUGGAUGACAAUGUACUGAAAAAGUACAGCACAAAGGCGAGAGAAGCUUUGGAAUAUGUUCAGUAUGAUCAAGGUGAGGAUCGUUGGCUUUGUACAUUACUUCUCCAACAAGGGUGGCGUGUGGAAUACAAUGCAGCAUCUGAUGCCUAUACUAAUGCACCUCAGGAGUUUCAGGAGUUUUAUAAUCAACGCAGAAGGUGGGGACCUUCAACCAUGGCAAACACUAUUGACUUAUUGCACAGUGGAAGAGAAACAUCAAAGAAAAAUCCUUCCGUUUCUAAUGUCUACAUCCUGUACCAGACAUUGACAAUGGCAGCUUCUAUUUUAAGUCCUGCUACAAUGUGUUUAAUGAUCGCAGGUUCCUUCUCAUUUCUUUUUCAAUGGACUGCCAACGUCAGCAUUGUGAUAGCAAUAAUUCCUCCUACUCUUUAUAUAGGAGUGUGCUAUUUGACAAAACCUAGCACCCAAAUCAAUAUUGCUGCAUUUCUCAGCGUGUGCUAUGCAUUUUUGAUGACAGCUACAUUACUAUGUAUUAUUGCUGACAUGGUGAAACAGCAAACUUUUGUGACACCUACUGGUUUGUUUCUAAUCUCAAUGAUUUUCAUCUAUUUAAUAACAGCUCUGCUACACCCUAAUGAAUUCUUCUUGCUGGUAUAUGGACUUGUAUACAGUAUAUGCGUCCCAAGUGGCUACCUUCUGUUAACAAUAUACUCUUUAGUUAACAUGCACAUAGUGUCCUGGGGUACUCGAGAGACUGUGGUACCAAAAGAUAAAACAAAGCAAAGUAAGAAAAUAGUCAAAUAUCAAAAGACAUGCAAUUGUUUUUGCUGGGAUGUUGAACUACAAGUCCAUGACAAGAAAUGUGAGGAUAAUAUGGAAACAGGAGAUAUAAAUGAAGAUCCUAUAAGCCCUCAAAGUGACCAAACCAAAAAUGACUUAGAAGAUAAAGAAGAUGUUACUUACGAAGAAACACAGUGCAUUCUUUGUAGCCAAGCAUAUGUAUCCAAAGAGAAAACCAAGCACUUAAAUACAGCUUUUCUCCCUCUCUUUCUAUGUUUAGGUUGGAUCUCACAAAUACACAUGAAAACAAGUCAUACUGUACUACAAAUGGAGAUUCUGGAGGAGGAGGAAAUAACAUUUUGGGAAGACCUGAUUAAAGACUACCUAGAGCCCAUCAUUGAAGACAAACAAAAGCAAGCCGGGAUUGAAAGAGAAUUAAAAUCUUUAAGAAAUAAAGCAACCUUUCUAUUCUUUCUGAUCAAUUUGCUGUGGAUAGUUGCAACAUUUAUCCUGCAGAUCAUUGGCUCAUCUGUGAGCAUUGUUAUACCCAAGGUUUAUCCAAAUGGGACUGUUUCACUGACAGAUAAACUGUAUGUGGAGCCAAUCGCAUUCAUGUUUGUGCUGUCAUUUGCCAUUUUGCUCCUUGUGCAGUUCGGAGCCCUUCUCUACCAUAGAAUCUACACUGGAAUUCAUUUUAUUGCCUACAACCAGAACAAAAAGAAACAAUCAGAGUCGAAUAAUGAAACAAGAGAGAACAUUUAUGAAAAUACAUUUGCAGAAGAAUCAACUGUAUGACAUUAGUUUUU